GUGUCUCUUUUGGAAAUUGACGCGGUUAUCUCGGGAAAGGUAAAAGAGAAAGCGGCCGUGUACAUUUCGGCCGUUAGCCACGUUUGUGGUCAGGAGUUGGAAGUUCAUCGCACGCUGCCGUCAACGCUGUUCCACCAUUUACAAGAGAAAAUAAAAUCCAAUGGAACACUUUUUUUUGUUUGGGCUAACUGACACAACAUAACUCGCAUCUUACCCUUUUUUCUUUUUCACAACCAUUAAAUUGGAAUAACAGCUGCACGGCUCCCCUUGGUCUCACCCAACGUUGCCUCUAUUGGCCAAGCUGAUCCAUGUCUACGCGCUCUUUCCUUGCCAUUUCACCACAACGGCUACAUCGUGCUUUACCACGACUCCAGUCGUGGCAUCUCGGGUGCUCUGCGAGGCGGACCUGCACACCGUUCCGAUACGCCUCUGUGCUCACUCCACCUGCCCCUCCGGCAGCACCGUCAGCACCGCCACCGCACGAGCACCCACCCACACACCUCCGCGUCGAAAGCACACAGGAGCUGCUGCACGGCUCUUUCACGCACGCCUUUCAACGCGCAGUCGACGACGUCGCUCGCCCCGGUAGUGUAAUCGGAUUACAAAGGCAGCACGCCUCAUCGACAUCCUCGUCGUCGCCUCAGCUUUCUCCUUGGUUGCAGUACCUUGUCGGGCUGCGCGCUGAUCCACCUCUACCAAAUAGGAGCGGGGAUGAUGCGCCGCUGGGCGGGAGCCGCCGGCCUUCAUCAGAUUUAUCAUCGCGUUUUUCCGCGGAUGCUUCCGGCGCCGACGGCGUCUUCCUUCAUCACGUGUUCGGCAACGCGAAGGAGGCAACGCUCUACGUCAGCGUCCGCCAGCCACGGGAGUUUCUGCGGCCCGAGGCGGCGGCGGAGCACCCGCACGCCCACCUGCGUCUGACCGAUGACCCCGCAAAGGAGUGGGCUCUUCUGCCAUUUGGCAGCGUCCUGAGCCGUUUGGACGCCGUGCUGCGCGAGAUGGCGCGGCGACAGCUGGCAGCGAGGCCGCAGGACGCAGCGUGGACGGAGGGUUUCCUGCUGCCCUUCUGGCGUGCGAUGCUCGAGCAGGCCUUCCUCACGCAGUACUGCGAGGUGGACGCACUGGCAAUAACCGCUUCUCCAGCGACGCAAACCGGCGACUCCCACGCACGCGCGGUGUAUGACGUGUACCUGUACGACUACCGCGAGCAGCCGGCAGAGCUGCGGCGGCGUCUGGAGCAGGGCAUCCGCAGCCUUCUCUGCGCGUCUGCCUUCACGCUGCACGCGCAAUGGGAGCAGUACAUGAUGAACCACGGGCCUUCCAACAGAGUGGCGCACGUGCUUGGGUUAGAGUUGGUGCUGCUGUGGUGGUACGCGAAUCCGGACCAGGUGCCGGUGGAGCUGACCUCGUCGAUUCACCGCCUGCCUCCGUGCACGCUCCGUCAGCAGCAGCGGCUUGCGGAGGCCGGCCGCAGCGACGGCACACCGGGCCGCUCCACAAUGCAGCGGGCCACCAUGGCGACGCACAGCGUGACGUCGGUGGAGCACCACCUCCGUGCCUACAUCUGCACACACAUUUCCUCCGACGUCACGGCGCAAGAAAACUUGAAGGACAACACACGCGUCGCAGCUGGCGGUUUUCUCUGCCCGGCCGCCGUCUUUCCGCCUAGUUAUCAGGAUGCCCUGCGCGCGCAUCUGCGGCAGGUCCACCGCAGAAACUUCAUCACCUGUCCUUUGUUUGUCCGUGUUCUCGAAGUGGCCAUCGCGGUGGGCAGUACCUCUCCGCGGAGCUGGGAGGAUGCACCUACGACGGCAACGAUGACGAGAGCCAGUGAUCAGAAAAAGGCAGCGGAUGGUGCGUCGGCGUUGGAGCGGCAGCGGCGUACAACGCAGACAGCAGCGAAUCGCGGUCGCGAAAUCGCAAGGUGCUUCAUUGUAGAUUGGCUGUGGCCUGUUGUGUGCUCCGCCCACGAAUCAGAUGGGUCCGCCCCGUCGUCGACGCCGUCGGUGCAUGAACUCCUGCACCCUGCCGCUCCCAACGCCAACGCCGCCCCCUCGUCUUCUCAUCACAAUUCUUCUUUGGAUGUUUCCGCUGACUCGACGGCAGAGAAGAGGGAGGAUUGGGCGGUGCUGGUGGCAGUCGUGUCUGCGGUUGCGCACCUGCGCGGGCACUUACUGGCUCUUCGACACGGAAGCAGGGUGAAGCGACGUGCGAGCGGCGCAGCCUCCGAUGCCACUACAGACGGCCGCAACGCAAAGGGAAGGCGCUCGAACGCUGAGGGCAUUGCCUACGUACGGGAUCAGCGUUACACCCCAGCCAUGCGGGUACUCCUCUGCGCACCCGUGCAGCACGAAGUACCAGCGGGAUCGUUCGGGGAGGGGUCCGUUAUACACAGCAAUGCUGACUUGCCAAGUUGGGUGCACCUUGUCUUUGCACACGCCCUCUUCUGCUUCCAGGACUGCGGCUGGCUGCGGCACAACGCGGCCCACCAACCCGCCACGCCUGCGCGGCUGUGGGGCCAGCUGUUCCACACGUUCUGUGACGUCUUUCCCAACGUCUUCCACGCAGGCAGCACGGCGACGGUGCUUUUGGCGCUGUGGGCCAUCGAAGGGGCCGCGUCCGCGCCAUCGACGUACUAUAGCGCGUUUCAACCGCUAAGCAAGGGACGAGUCGAGGCCAUGCAGGCGUGGACGGGUGUACUGGCACGCACGCAACGGAGCCGCCCUCUCGUUGGAAAGAGUGACCGAAAGGCGAACGCACUCCUGUGGACUGAUGAGAAGGGGGAGGCGCUGGCCGACAACUGGGCAGUACCUGAAGACAGCCUUCUGUGCCCACGCGCGGAGCGAUGCGAGCGCGCAGCGUACAUUGCUGCUGCUGCAUCGGCGGGCGAACCGGCGCGAUCGCAGCAGGCGGUUUCUCCUUCCGUCGCCUCAGAAGAGGACGCGGUACCGCACAACAGCCGCCAACCUACUCCCCGUGGCCGUCGUCUCCGUGAUGCGCAACCUCUUCUCCCCAGUUUUGCAAGCCCGUGUCCUUUUCCACCGCCGCCGUCGCACGUGAGCUCCGUCGAGGCACGCACACAGAUGCAGAACUAUCUGGACUUGUGCAAGGAGCUGAGAGAAGAGGUGGCCGACGUGCUCCUCCACAUUUUUCGCAGCUAUGCAACGCUCCCAAUUUUACGAUCUGCUGCGUCUGAUGCUGGUGAUGGGCUGGAGAGCAGGACGCAUGGCGGUGGGACGACGAUCUCUCCCCCCUCUUCCGAAGAGGUUAUCCGCCUGCGCAGUAUGGGGCAGCCAUCGCUUUUUGUGUUGCUUAAGCUGCUCCAUUCCCUGGCCGUCUUUGGCGGUGCCUUCAGCUCUGGAAGGCCCAGGAGAGCGCAAAAGGAGACAACGGUUGCUGAACUUGUUCCUUGCGUGCUGCGGGACGUCGUGGCUGCUUGCCACCCAAUAGUCGCCUCCUACCUGCGACGAAUGCAGGUGUACAGUGCCACCAUGUCCGGCAAAGACGGUGCCUUGGCGCUGCUGUUUGAUGGCGACUUCCAAACGCAGCUCAACAGCCUUCCUCCGCAGCUGGGCCGUCGGCGGCUAGUAGCGGCACUGCUGUGGUCCGGGCUUCCGGCGUCAGCGUUGACCGACGACAGUGGGGAUGCGGAAAAGGAAGAAAAAGAGGACACGGACGCAGGCGGCUGUGCGAACGACGCUGCGUUUGGUAGCGGGUCCCUCGCUUGGCAUGUUCUGGGCAGCAAUCAACGUCCCUUCUUCUCUACGUUGCCGACUGCCGCUUCUCCGUCCGCCUCGAACGGUGUGCCGCCUCGUCAGAGUUCCGACGAUGCAGGAGAGAGCACGGCACCAGCUGAGCCUCUCAGCACCAACCGCCCGAAGGAUGUGGUUGAUAUCGCAGAGGAGGUGGUGAAACAUCUCUGGCAGCUGGCCAUCGUCGUGUCAGAGCCGGCGCGGGUUGUGCUGGAUUUGCGCCGGUACCUGUGCGCGUGUGCUUCCACGGUGACAAAAGAAGUCGUUCAUGGAGUAGAGCAAGACGAAGCGGCGACCGAAGAGGAAAGCACCCAAAGACGAACGCACGACGGCGACGCCAACAAGAUGGCUGAUGACUACGCGGACCACACGAUUGCCUUCGACGAGCUUGCUUCGGAGAUCGCGGUCGUUUCGGGGGAGGAGGAAACCACCGCAGCAACGCCGUCGAGCAGCUGGAGAGAAGCAGCGGUGAACGACGACGAGGACAGCGACGCGCCGACUAGCUGGGCGAGGGAGGCGACAGUGGAAAUGGACGCCGCCGCUGCUGACUCCGCGCAGUUCUUCAUGAGCGAGGCGCUGCCGACGUCGGAGAUGCUAGAGUCAACUGCGGAGGACGAAGGACGUAGCACGCGGUGGAACUCGCACGAUACGAUUCGGCUCUCUGCGGGCACGCCGCCGACCGCAACAGAAGCGGCGGAGCAGGCGCAACGUGAAGACAUACAUCAACAACGCUGGACGGAAGCUGCGGAGGCGCAAGCGAGCUGCCGCGUUGCGAUUGUUGCUGCUCUACAGCCCACCCUGCCCUCGUCACAACACCUUUUCUUUUCCCUUUUGGAGCUGCUCGCGUGGGUAGCGAAUGCGCAGCACUCGGGCAAUACGCUCGCGACGCUGGCGGAGCUGAAGGAUGGUGCAUCGAAGACCUUUACGAUGGAUCAAGUUGGAAGUGCUGCGUGGUGUGGGCAGUUGGCUACGUACUACAACCUCUGCGCCAUGGAAUGGGCUGCACAGGCAAGGGUGCGACACGGCGACGAAGGGAAUCGGCGGAGCCCCGACUCGGCAAGCGCUGACAAAGCUGCGGUGCUGUGCAGGCCAACACUGAUGGUUCAGGUCAUUCUUGUUCUCAGCCAGACAUGUCCGGAUGUAUAUGUGCUCUCACUCUUGUUACUGAACCUGAUCUUGCACGGCACUGACGGGCGGGUCACUUCCGCCGCCUCCCAGACCUCCCUCACACGUCGAUGGCAACGGGCCAUCUCGCUGUUCCCCUGGUCCGUGGAGUGUGCACUGGCGCAGCUGCUGUAUCAUGCAGGCGUGAACUCCGCAACGGUGCUGCGCUGGCGAGGGCUGCCUGUGCGUGCCACGGAAACGGACACGUGCGAGAGGGAUGUGGAUGCAAUUCUGGUCCAAGUCACGACGCACCACGCUCUGUUGGAAUCCUUUUCGGCCGGUGUGAAGCCUGAAGAUGGUCGUCACCGACGCGAAGCAACGGCGCAGGAUCUUUUGAUGAGCAUUGGCAGCCUCCUCCUUUCCUCCUUGCAUCUCCGCUUUCGCUGCUCAGCGGGCACCCGGCCCUUUCACCGCUACAACGUAUACAUGAGUGAGUUUCUCAUGUACACCUUCGCCGGUCCGUCAGAGACGCGCAAAGGCGAGAUCUCAACGUUGCGUGCGGUUCUACCGUCGGUGCAGGUCACGUCGUACUGCCCAUCUUCAGAGCCGCCACAACAGCUGGUGCCGCUGCGACAGGCCUGGCGGGAAAGAGUGAGUGUGCGGCAACGCGAAGUUCUCCGCCGUUGCUUCCGUGACACGAGAACAGCCAGCGCCGAGGCGCGCCGCCGUGGCGAUUUUCGUGCACCUCAGCGCAGUGCUACCGUGUCCACCACUCACAGAGUCGCCUCGAAGGCCAGUGAGGACGACUACGUGGACGCGUUCCUCUAA